CUGCCACAGAGGCACUAGAUGCGGUUGAGAGGACACAGAAUGAACCAGGGUACAUUAUUGUGCUCUCUAGUUCUACUGGUAACAAUAUUAUGUGCUGUACAAGCAGUAGCUGAAUACCGAUUACCAGAUGAUGUAGUUCCUCUGGAAUACAAGCUGGAUCUUCUAGCUCCCCCGGGCAAGAUUUCUUCUAACAAGGAUAGAAUGUACAACGGCAAACUGUGGAUAACUGUAGAAUGUAAAGUGGAUACAAAUGUUAUAAAACUGCACAGCAAAGAAUUGAAAAUAUCCACAAAAGGUAAAAACCAACUAACAGUCACUGAAAAAGAAAAGCAAGAGAAACUCAAUGUUCAUAGGACCGAAAUGCAGCAAGAAAAUGCCCACUUCAUCAUUGAACUUUUGAAACCACUAGAAAAGGGUAAAACCUACGUUGUAUAUUUGUAUUUUGAAGGAGAAUGGUCUCAUGGUCUAAUGGAAGGAUUUCACCGUAAUAAUUUUAAAGACGAGUGGGGACAUAUCAGGACGUAUGCUAUAAAAAAGAAUCGUUUUGGCGCUCAUGGUGUUUUCCCUUGCUUUGACGAACCACGAUUCAGAGCCAAGUUUUAUAUAUCCAUUGGUGUAAGGAAACCCCACAUUCCAAUCACAAAUACGCCCCAGAAACAAGAAUCACCAUUCAUCCACCCUGUAGCUGAGGCUAAUCCUAAUGUACCAGGAGGUGCCCCAUUUAUCAUGUGUUCCUUGAAGUUUUGUCCUGGGAAACACCAUGGCUGGUGGAAGACUAUUGCCAGUUGCACUUAUGAUGCAACAUUUAGUGACAAGAUCACCUCUUCUAGCACUCGUACACUGGAUGACUUGCUGCUGGAUGACUUGAAAACAUUUUUAAAUCAACACAUGAUUAUUCAAACUUGA